ACAGAGGCGCGGGCGCCAUCCCGGAAGCGCGAGCAAGGUCGCCAGAUGUGCAGGUGCCGCUGCCACCGACGCUGGGCCAAGUUCUGGGUGGGGCUGGGGCCGCCGGUACCGCUGGGGAGCCAAGCCAGGCAGCGGAGGAGGAGGAAGAGAUGGACCCCCCGGACUCGGCCUCAAGGGUCUUCUGCAGCCGCAUCCUGAGCAUGGUGAAUGUGGAUGACGUCAAUGCCAUCAUCCUGGCCCAGAAGAACAUGCUGGACCGCUUUGAGAAGACCAAUGAGAUGCUGGCAAACUUCAACAAUCUAUCAAGUGCCCGCCUGCAGCAAAUGAGUGAGCGCUUUCUGCACCACACGAGGACCCUGGUGGAAAUGAAGCGGGACCUGGACAGCAUCUUCCGCAGGAUCAGGACACUGAAAGGGAAGCUGGCCAGGCAGCACCCAGAGGCCUUCAGCCACAUCCCAGAAGCAUCCCUCCUGGAGGACGACGAUGAAGACCCUAUCCCGCCCAGCACCACAACCACCAUCGCCACCUCGGAACAGAGCACAGGCUCCUGUGACACCAGCCCAGACACCAUCUCGCCCUCCUUCAGCCCUGGCUUUGAGGACCUGUCCCACGUCCAGCCCGAUUCCCCUGCCAUCAAUGGCCACAGCCAGACGGAUGACAAGGAGAUGCGGGACCCUCUUCCAGGCCAGGGGAUAAGCAGUCAUUUGGAGUCGUUGAGCUGGGCACAAGGAAGCUUUUCCAGAGCCAGGGCUGAGGUCUGCUCUGAACAACACUUAAAGGUUCCCAAAGAUGAAAGCCAGAUAUCCCCUGUCUCAGCAUCCCAGUCAGGACCUCUUUGAGGUAGGCAAGCACUAUCAUGUCUGAGUUCACCACACCCCAUUCCUGCACAUACAAUUCUGGUCUCCCUGUCCCUUCCUCCAACGAAAGUAUUAAGUACUUUCUCAAAUCAGUAUCUCAAGGCUUCCAAAACAAUUGUAGAAAGCUCACAAAAGAACCUGUUCCUCAAUCCACUCAAUCCCAAGUGUGAUAAGGCCCACAUCUGUCUGACCAGAGAGGUGGACUCUGAGGACCCUGUAGCUCUCACCCAGGGCCUCCAUGAAGCAAGGCGAGCCACCUUGGAAAACAGAAACUAACGGAAUAUUUUUGUAUCUGAUGUUUACAGAUGCUGUUGGGGAGUUAUCAAUAAAAGGACUCCGUUACUAAAAAGA